CGGUCCCGCCGGCACGCUCCGGCCCGGGCGCUCCGCCCCGCCUUGCCUCGCCCCGCCCUGCUUUCGCCACCCGGGUGGCGGAGGCGCGGCCCUGCGACCCUUCCUCCGAACCCCUGCGAACAUGGCGCUGCGAAUGGCGAGGAGCGUGGGGGCCGCGGCCUGCAGCCUGCGCACGGCCUUGGCCCCCGCCGCGCCCUGCCCGCCGCGGCUCUGGCGGCUGAGGGCGGGCGCAGUGCGGACGCUGCGCACGGGACCCGCUCUGCUCGCGGUGCGUAAAUUCACGGAGAAACACGAAUGGAUAACAACAGAAAAUGGUAUCGGAACAGUGGGAAUCAGUAAUUUUGCUCAGGAAGCUUUGGGGGAUGUUGUAUACUGUAGUCUGCCUGAAGUUGGGACAAAAUUGAAAAAACAAGAUGAGUUUGGUGCUUUGGAAAGUGUGAAAGCUGCCAGUGAACUGUACUCUCCUCUAUCAGGAGAAGUAACUGAAAUUAAUGAAGCCCUUGCAGAAAAUCCAGGGCUUGUCAACAAAUCUUGUUAUGAAGAUGGUUGGCUGAUAAAGAUGACACUGGAUAACCCCUCAGAACUAGAUGAACUAAUGAGUGAAGAAGCAUAUGAGAAAUACGUAAAAUCUAUCGAGGAGUAAAAAUGGCAACCCUAAAUAAAUCAAUGUGAAGUAACGUACUUCAGCAUAGUUGUCUGAAAUUGGUGGUGAAUAGAAGACUUACAAUAACAACAUUUAGCAGCACAAAUGGAGAAGAAACUACUCUCAGCACUGCUACUGAAGAAAUACCCUUCACUUCCCAAUGAUUGCACAUAACCAAAAUAUGCACUUUUUUUUUUGCCCUAAGAUAUUAUAACUUGUUUAUAUCCAUCCUUGAAUAUGAGUCAAAAUCCCCAAUGAUCUUCCCAAUGGAAAUAACUGGGAGUGGAGGAAAGUGUUUCCUGUACAGUGUCAGAUAAAGAACAAUGCUAUCUUGAUUUUAUAGUAGACCGCAUUUGCUGGUGCCAUUUUUAUACAGUGAAGCAGCAGCUUUGCAGCAAAGUAAAUAUUAAACC